AUGGCCGCGGCCCUGUGGGUCCUCGGCCUGCUGGGCUCCGCCUGCUCGGCGAUGGCCAGCAUCCUCGAAUACCAGGUGGAUGCCCAGCCGCUCCGGCCCUGCGAGCUGCGGAGGGACCAGGCCUUCCUGGAGCGCGCGGCCUAUGUGCCCCAGUGCGCCGAGGACGGCAGCUUCCAGCCCGUCCAGUGUGAGGAUGGCGGCCGCUCCUGCUGGUGUGUGGGUGCCGACGGCCUGGAACUACCUGGCAGCAGGCAGCGUGGGCGCCCCUUGGCAUGCCUGUCCUUCUGCCAGCUGCAGAGGCAGCGGACCCUGCUGGGCAGCUACCUUAACAGCUCGGCCGCCGCCCACCUCCCGCAGUGUCAGGCCUCGGGGGACUACGCGCCCGUGCAGUGUGACCUGCAGCAGGAGCAAUGCUGGUGUGUGGACGCUGAGGGCAUGGAGGUGUACGGCACCCGCCUGCCGGGGAGGCCCGCCCGAUGUCCCGGCAGCUGUGAGAUCAGAAACCGCCGUCUCCUCCACGGCGUGGGAGACAAGUCGCCCCCCCAAUGCUCCCCGGACGGAGGGUUCAUGCCUGUCCAGUGCAAGUUUGUCAACACCACGGACAUGGCGGUUUUCGACCUGGUGCACAGCUUCAACAGGUUUCCAGAUGCGUUCGUGACCUUCAGUUCCUUCAAGAGCAGGUUCCCCGAGGUGUCCGGGUAUUGUCACUGCGCUGACAGUCAGGGACGGGAACUGGCCGAGACAGGCCUGGAGCUAUUACUCGAUGAAAUCUAUGACACCGUGUUUGCCAGCCUGGAUCUCGCCUCCUCCUUUACCGAAACCACCUUGUACCGGAUCUUGCAGAGACGGUUCUUGGCAGUCCAGCUGGUCAUCUCUGGCCGGUUCCGAUGCCCCACGAGAUGUGAAGUGGAGCGGCGGACAGCCACCAGCUUUGGCCACCCCCACGUUCCCAGCUGCCGUCCAGACGGGGACUAUGAGGCUGUGCAGUGCCAGAGGGAAGGGCCGUGCUGGUGCGUCGAUGCCCGAGGACGGGAGACCCACGGGACUCGGCGGCAAGGGCGGCUGCCAUCUUGUGCUGGAGACCAGUCCUGUGUCUCCGCGAGGCGGCAGGCCCUGUCCAGACUCCACUUUGGGCCCGCGGGCUACUUCAGCCAGCACGACUUGUUCUUGGUUCCUGAGGAGAGGCGGGAGGACACCCCACGUGUGGCCAGAGUCACCCCGUUCUGCUCGCCCGUGGCCAGGGAGCUCUUCGUGGACUCUGGGAUUCUCCAUCCAAUGGUGGAGGGUCAGGACCAACCCUUUGCUGCCUCGGGAAGUCUCCUGAAAGAAGCCCUUAGAGCCAUCUUUCCCUCCCGAGAGCUGGCUCGUCUGGCCCUUCAGUUUACUACCAACCCAAAACGACUCCAGCAAAAUCUCUUCGGAGGGAAAUUUCUGGUGAAUGUUGGCCAGUUUAAUUUGUCUGGCGCUCUUGGCACUAGAGGCACAUUUAACUUCAGUCAAUUUUUCCAGCAACUUGGGCUUCCAGACUUUGACAGUGGAGGGUCACCAGUUGAUCCAGCCACACCCUUCUCCUUGAGAUUGGAUUCUGGUCCUACUACAGGCAUCCUGGAGGCCUCUGGGAAGGGUGCUGCUAUGAAUAAGCCUAUUGUGGGCAGCUUUGGCUUGGAAGUCAACUUACAGGAGAGCCAAAAGGCCCUGAAGUUCCUCGCUUCUCUCUUGGAGCGUCCUGAAUUCCUUCUCUUCUUGCAGCAUGCUGUGUCUGUGCCUGAAGACAUAGCCAGGGACCUGGGUGACGUGAUAGAAAUGGUGCUUGGCUCCGACGGCUGUGAGCAGAGCCCUGGCAACCUUUUUGUCCCCUCAUGCACUGCAGAAGGAAGCUAUGAGGAUGUGCAGUGCUUUGCUGGAGAGUGCUGGUGUGUGGAUCCCCAGGGCAAAGAACUUCCAGGCUCCAGGGUUAGAGGUAGACGGCCAGCAUGCCCCACGGAGUGCCAGAAGCAAAGGGCUCUCAUGCAAACCCUGUCCAGCAGCCAGCCAGCUGGGGCCAGCCUGUUUGUCCCUUCUUGUACCAGUGAGGGACAUUUUCUCCCUGUCCAGUGCUUCAACUCAGAGUGCUACUGUGUUGAUGCUGUGGGUCAGGUGAUUCCUGGAACUCGAAGGGGACCUGGAGAACCGAAUCAAUGCCCUACCUCCUGUCAGUUGCAAGCUGAGCAAGCCUUCCUGAGGGCGAUGAGGGCCCUGGGCUCCCCCGCCAGCACGCCAGCCACCCUCUCCGCCAUCUACAUCCCGCAGUGCAGCACCAGCGGGUCAUGGAGACGCGUGCAGUGUGACGGGCCCCCUGAGCAGGCCUGGGAGUGGUACGAUCGAUGGAGGGCUCAGGACAGCAGUGGCCAGGAGGCGAGCCCUGCCGAGCUGCUCGUGAAGCUCAGGAGCUACAGAGAAGCAGCUUCUGGAAGCUUCCGUCUCUUUAUCCAAAGCCUGUAUGAGACUGGCCAACAAGGCAUCUUCUCUGGGCUGGCCAGAUACUCCUCUCUCCAAGAUGUCCCGCUGGCGAUUUUGGAGGGGAACCUGACUCGGCCUGUAGAGAACAUCUUUCUGGAUCCCUACCUCUUCUGGCAGAUCCUAAACGGCCGGCUCAGCAGAUAUCCGGGGCCCUACUCAGACUUUAGCUCUCCGCUGGCACACUUUGACCUUCGGAGAUGCUGGUGUGUGGAUGAGACUGGUCGAGAACUAGAGGGGACCUGGGCUGAGCCAAACAAGGCCCCAGCAUGUCCUGGCUCUUGUGAGGAAGUGAAGCUACUUGCCCUGCAGUUCAUUAAGGAAACAGAAGAGAUUGUCUUGGCUUCCAACAACUCCUUGCUCCCUCUGGGAGAGAGUUUCCUAGCAGCCAAGGGAAUCCGGCUGACCAGUGAGGAGCUCGCCCUUCCUCAGCUGUCCCCCUCCCAGGAGACCUUCACAGAGAAGUUUCUGAGUGGGGGCGAUUACGCCAUUCGUCUGGCAGCUCUGUCUACUCUCAGCUUCCACCAGAGCCGAGGCCCCGCCCUGGGCGGCUCCACAGACGGCUCUGCCCCGUGGCCGGCGGGCCCCUACGUGCCGCAGUGCGACGCCUCCGGAGCUUGGCAGCCCGUGCAGUGCCACGCCGGGACCGGCCACUGCUGGUGCGUGGACGGGAAGGGAGAGUACGUCCCCGCCUCGCUGACCGCCCGCGCCCCUCGGCUGCCCCAGUGCCCCACGCCCUGCGAGAAGUCCCGCACGAAUGCGCUGCUCUCCGGCUGGAAACAGGCUGGGUCCCGAGGAAGGCCGUCUCCCGGAGACCUGUUCGUCCCCGCCUGCCUGCAGACAGGGCAGUAUGCCCGGCGGCAGACUUCGGAAGGCGGCAGCUGGUGUGUGGACCAGGCCUCAGGAGAGGGGGUGCUGCCUGGCACGAACGCCAGCGGUCCGUGCCCGAGCCUCUGUGAAGCUCUUCACGAUGGGAUCUCCUCUGGGAGCACCGGCCCCGGCGCCGCCCCGCCGUGCAGGGCAGAAGGUGGUGGCUUCUCCCCAGUGCAGUGUGACCCGGCCCAGGGCAGCUGCUGGUGUGUCCUGGCCAGCGGCGAGGAGGUGCCCGGGACCCGCGUGGCCGGGAGGCAGCCUGCCUGUGACAGUCCGCAGUGCCCGCUGCCCUUCAGCGUGCCGGGGGUGGCUGCCGGCGUGCUCCUGUGCCAGCCGGCCUCGGGCCCAGGCGGGGCGGCCACCCAGCUGUGCCGGCUGUUCUGCCGCCAGGGCUACCGGAGCGCGUUCCAGGAGGGGCCUCUGGAGUGCGGCCUGCAGGGCAGACGAUGGGUGUCACAGCCGCCGCAGCCCGGGGCCUGCCAGCGGCCCCAGCCGUGGCAGACCUUGCAGGCCCGGGGGCGGUUCCAGCUGCAGCUCCCGCCCGAGAAGAGGUGCAGCGCGGACUAUGCCGGCUUGCUGCAGGCCUUCCAGGUCUUCGUGCUGGAUGAGCUCACCGCCCGGGGCUUCUGCCAGGUCCAGGUGUGCGCCUGCUCCCCAGUGCAUGUGGGUCCUCAGAGAGCCUCGAGGCUCCAGGUUCUGCACCAGACGGGAAGCCUGGUCAAGCGUGUCCCCUCUCGCCCUGGCCCGUGUCUCGCAGAGGCGUCCUUAGUGGGCCUCGCUGGCCGCUUCGCGGAGCUGAUCCAAAGCGGCGCCUUCCGGCUUCACCUGGAUUCCAAGACGUUCCCAGCGGAGUCCUCCAUCCACUUCCCCCAGGGGGGCCGUUUUGGGGCCUCCGCGAGGACGCGGUUGGGGUGCUUGGAAGGAUUCCACCGAGUCUCGACCACUGGCAGCAGCGCCCAGGACCCAGCGGGGUGCGUGAGGUGUCCCGAAGGGAGCUACUCCAGAGACGAGCACUGCGUGCCCUGUCCGGUCGGAUCCUACCAAGAGCAUCCGGGCAGCCCGGCCUGUGUCCCGUGCCCUGCGGGCAGAAAGACCGUUUCUGUUGGAGCUUUCAGCCGGACUCACUGUGUCACUGACUGCCAGAUGAAUGAGUUGGGCCUGCAGUGUGACCAGGAUGGCCAGUACCGGGCCAGCCAGAGGGCCAGUGGCGGCGGGAAGGCCUUCUGUGUGGACUCCGGGGGCCAGAGGCUGCCGUGGUCGGAGACGGAGGCUCCACUCUCGGACUCCCAGUGCCUGGUGAUGCGGAAAUUCGAGAAGGUUCCAGAAUCGAGCGUGAUCUACAGUGCUGACGUUGCUGUGGCGGUCAGGUCCAGGGCUCCUGGUUCUGAGUCCCCACUGGUGCAGUGCUUGGCAGACUGUGCGUCGGAUGAGGCCUGCAGCUUCCUCGCGGUGUCCACGGUGGGAUCCGAGGUCUCCUGUGAUUUCUAUGCUUGGUCAAGCGACCACAUCGCCUGCGUGACAACUGCUCAGGAUCAGGAUGCCCUGGGGGACGCCAGGGUCGCCGGCGUGGGAAACAUUCGGUGCCAGGUGAAAGUGCGCACGGAGCAUCCAGAGUCUCCAGCUGUGUUUUUGAAAAAGGGCCAAGAAUUCAGCACCUCGAGCCAGAAGAGCUUCGAACCAACUGGUUUCGGAAACGCGCUGUCCGGCAUGUACAGCCCCGUGCUGGUCUCCGCCCCGGGGGCCGGCCUGGCGGGCGGCCACCUCUCCUGUCUCCUGGCCUGCGACGGAGACCCGUGCUGUGACGGCUUCCUGCUGGCGCAGGCCCGAGCAGGCCCUGUCCUCUGUGGGCUGCUGAGCUCCCCCGACGUCCUGCUGUGCCACGCUGAAGACUGGGGGGGCCCGUCUGCAGCCCAGACCGGCGCUGCCUGUCCCAGCAUCGCCUUCGACCAGGGGAGCCGCCAGGUGACGUGGCGCCUGGGAGGCCGGGAGCUCCAGGGCCUCGUGCCGCUGGAGGGGACGCAGGACAGCUUCAGCUUCCAGCAGGUUUAUCUCUGGAGAGCGUCGGACAUGGGGUCGCGGCCCGAGUCUGCGGGAUGCAGCAGACCAGACACGAGGCCGACCGUGGCGGCGGACCCAGAGGGGCCUUCGGCAGUGGACGUGAGCGGAGGCCGCAGUCGGGCCGCCGCUGCCGAGGGCUGGGAAGCGGCCGUGGGAGCCUCCCGGCACGCGCCUGGCACCCAGAUGUCUGUGCCACCAGCCGAGCUCUCCCGCAACCCAGGGCUGGAUGCCAGUGAGGACCUCUGCACCCUGAGCUGCUGCGUGGAGGAUUUGACCACCGAGCUCUUCUCCCCCGUGGACCUCUCCCAGGCCACUGUCAGUGGAAACCGGUCCCUGCCAAGCCGGCAGCACAGACUCUUCAAACACCGAUUCUCAUCUCAGCAAGCAAAGCUGUGGUGCUUCUCUCGCUGUGUCCAGGAGCCGUCCUUCUGCCGGCUGGUGGAGAUAACAGACAGCGCUCCCCUCUACUUCACCUGCACGCUGUACCCCGAGGCCCAGGUGUGCGACGGCGUCAUGGCGCCCACCCCCAGCGGCUGCAGCCUCGUCCUGCCCCGCAGGCCGGGGGCCCUGUUCCGGAAGAAAGCUGCACUGAAGGACAGAGUGGACAACUUCUAUACUCGCCUGCCGUUCCGGAAGCUGAUGGGGGUCUCCAUUCGGAGCAAAGUGUCCCUGUCCAACAAAUCCGUUUCCAGCGGGUUCUUCGAGUGUGAGCAGUGGUGUGACUUGGACCCGUGCUGCGCCGGCUUCGGCUUCCUAAACGUCUCCCAGCUGGCAGGGGGAGAGAUGACAUGCCUAACUCUGAACAACUUGGGGUACCAGACGUGCAGCGAGGAGAGCGAGGGGGCCCAGCACCUGCUGGACUGCAGCUCCCCUGACACCGAAGCCCGCACCUACCCUUUCGGGUGGUACCAGAAGCCCGUUCCUCGAGGUGAUGCUCCCAGCUUCUGUCCCUCGGUGGCUCCGCCAGCCCCCACAGAGAAAGUCACUCUGGACGCGUGGCAGUCGCUGGACCUCUCUUCAGCCGUCAUUGACCUGUCCACCAGGAGCUUGGAUGUGGUCCACGUCAGCACUUCCACGCCCAGCGACUUCUCUGCUGCCCGUGACCUCUGUCUGUUGGAGUGUUCCCGCCACGAGGCCUGCCGCGUCACCACUCUGCAGACCCGCCCUGGCGCUGUGCGGUGUGUGUUCUACGGGGACACCCAGAGGUGCGCGCACAGCCUGCGGGCCCAGAACUGCCGGCUUCUGCUCCGCGAGGACGCCACCCACAUCUACCGGAAGCCCAACACCCCUCUGUUCGGCUCUGGCCUGUCUGCGCCUUCUGUGACCGUCGCCACCCACGGGCAGCUGCUGGGCAGGUCCCAGGCCAUCCAGGUGGGCACUUCAUGGAGGCAAGUGGACCAGUUCCUGGGUGUUCCCUAUGCGGCCCCACCCCUGGCAGAGAGGCGCUUCCGGGCCCCGGAACCCUCGAACUGGACAGGAUCCUGGGAUGCCACCCAGCCACGGGCCAGCUGCUGGCAGCCCGGCGCCAGGCCACGCGCGACCCCGGGGGUCAGCGAGGACUGCUUGUACCUCGACGUGUUUGUCCCCCAGAACCUGGCCCCCAACGCCUCGGUGCUGGUGUUCUUCCACAACGCCGGGGCGGGUGGGGGGCUGCCGGGCCUCGACGGAGCCCUCCUGGCCGCUGUGGGCAACCUCAUCGUGGUCACCGCCAGCUACCGAGUGGGCGUCUUUGGCUUCCUGAGUUCCGGGUCCAGCGAGGUGAGCGGCAACUGGGGUCUCCUGGACCAGGUCUCGGCUCUGACCUGGGUGCAGACCCACAUCGGGGCACUCGGCGGGGACCCUCGGCGCGUGACCCUGGCGGCCGCCCGCAGCAGCGCCGACGUGGCCAGCAUGCACCUGCUGGCAGCGAGAUCUGAAAAUAUAAUUAUCUUCCAAAGACAAGUUCUUCUGGGCGGCUCCGCGCUGUCCCCGGCCGCGGUCAUCAGCCCAGAGAGGGCUCAGCAGCAGGCGGCUGCUUUGGCAAAGGACAUCGGCUGCCCCACCUCGUCCAUCCAAGCAAUGGUGUCCUGCCUCCGCCAGACGCCCGCCGGCACCCUCAACGACGCCCAGACCAAGCUCCUGGCGGUGAGCGGCCCUUUCCACUACUGGGGGCCGGUGGUCGACGGCCAGUACGUCGUGGAGGCCCCUGCCAGAGCCCUGCAGAGGUCCCCGAGGGCCAAGGUGGAUCUGCUCACUGGGACGUCCCAGGACGACGGGCUCAUCACCAGAGCGAAGGCCGUCAAGCAAUUUGAGGAAAGUCAAGGCCGGACCAGCAGUAAAACAGCCUUCUACCAGGCGCUGCAGAACUCUCUGGGCGGCGAGGGCGCGGGCGUGGGCGUGCAGGCAGCCGCCGCGUGGUACUACUCCCUGGAGCACUCCGAGGACGACUACACCACCUUCUCCAGGGCCCUGGAGAACGCCACCCGGGACUACUUUAUCACCUGCCCGGUGAUCGACAUGGCCAGGCACUGGGCACGCGGGGCCAGAGGAAACGUCUUUCUGUACCACGCCCCGGAGAGCUACGGCCAUGGCAGCCUGGACUUGCUGACUGAUGUGCAGUUUGCCUUUGGCCUUCCGCUGCAGCCUGCCUACGAGGGACGAUUUACCCCAGAGGAGAAGAGCUUGUCCCUCAAAUUCAUGCAGUUCUUCUCCAACUUCGUCCGGUCGGGAAACCCCAACUAUCCUCACGAGUUCUCCAGGAAGGCUCCUGAAUUUGCGGCCCCCUGGCCUGACUUUGUCCCUUCUGCCCAUGGAGAGGGCUACAAGGAGCUGAGCACCCUGCUCCCCAACCGGCAGGGCCUGAAGAAGGCCGACUGCUCCUUCUGGUCCAAGUACAUCCGGUCUCUGAAGGCGGCGACAGUGGAAGCCAAGGACGGGCCAUCACCAGCGGCUGAAGAGGAGAGUGGGCCAGCUGACUCUGCGCUGAGCGAAGACCUGGAUGCUCCAGAGCCAGGCUCCAAGAGCUACAGCAAGUGACCACCCCAGGCUACCACCGCGGGUACCUGAUUCUCUAAA